AUCAUCUUUAUUGAAUUCAAAUGAAGCUUUAAUAUGAGUAUGUAUUUAUUUAGUGUGAUAAAUUCUCCCUCUGUUUAUUAGAAGCUGGGGAAAAUAGAUGGGAAAAUCCCAUUCAUAUUCUGAAUCAACACUUGGUUAUAAGCCAUGAUGUUGUAACCAUCCAAGUAGGGCUGAGCGACAAAACAAUACAGAUACUUAUUGCAAAGUUACUUUUCCUCGAUAGAAAGAAGACAACUCAAUACAACUUCAAUAGAAAUCAGACAGAAAAUAAAUCAUAUUUAAACCAAAAUGAACCUUUUGAUGUCUUCACAUCUCACUUAGGAGUAAAAAGGAACCUUUAGGUUUGACAGAAAUAGGGAUUUGAUCUUUAACUACCCACAAUCCUAAAGUGUAACAAAGACAUCUCUGAUUGGAAAGGCAUUAACAAUGGUUUCUAGCCAAUAUAUCUCCACACUACCGUAUUCUUCUGACCCAUCUUUAAAACACUGUCCUCAUCUUUUGAGCCUCGGGCCGUGUCCGUCGGGGCAUCUUCUUCGGUAACGCUGUCGCUCAAGUUAACAUUUCCUGUCGUCAUUUUCUCUUUUAUCUCACUCCUGACGGACUGAUGUGCACGACCACAGUAGCCCAAACAUUAACAUGCGAGCUGCUGCCGGCUACUUCUCCUACGCUCUGCUGUGUACGUCAACCUAACUUGACAUGGUUGUAACUAUUCCAGCCACAUGAUUGGUUCUGCACGGCACUAUUCUCAUUAUCAUUGGUUGACUCUGGUCUUCCUGUGAUCUGAUAGGUCAGCAGUUGGACUGAUUCCUGGCUUUGAACUGUUAUAUAGAUCUUAACCCGCAGGUUAGCCAUUGUUCAGCAGUAGUUACCAUGGUGUUUACCCUGGUAAGAAGAGAACCAGUUGCGUAUGACGGUUAGACCUGAGGUUACCUCGAUAACCGCAAAUUCUGCUUCAUAAUACAGGCCUCUGGAGCCGGAGCUGCUUUCAGACAUGCACUGAAGCAUUUUCUCUGUGGGUGGACAGAGGAGGAGAGGAGACGAGAGGGAGUAGCACAUCAGGUUUUGGAUCAGAACUUGAUAUAGACUUCCCUUCACCGUACUCUUCAUCACUGUCACCAGCAGCUGAGCCAUGUCUUCACCAGGGUGCUGCCAUUUACCGGGCUCCCUUUGUGAUUACUCUGGAAAUGCUGAAUCAGACGCCUCCAAGGAUUCGGAGGAGUCUGAUUCUACGGCCCAGGCCCAGUACAUUGCCAAGGUUACAGCUAAAGAUGGCCGCCCACUCUCCACUGUUGUCAAAGCUGUGAGCUCGCAGAGCGAUGUGGGCAUGUGCCGAAUUUGUCAUGAGGGAGCUGGAGGAGAGACUCUGCUGUCACCCUGCGACUGCACCGGCACGCUGGGUAAAGUGCACAAGAGCUGCUUGGAGAAGUGGCUGUCCUCCUCCAACACCAGCUACUGUGAGCUCUGUCACACAGAGUUCACUAUUGAACGGCGACCGCAACCACUCACACAGUGGCUGAAGGACCCCGGCCCUCGCAGUGAGAAGCGCACGCUGCUGUGCGACAUGGCCUGCUUCCUCCUCAUCACGCCCUUGGCAGCCAUCUCCGGCUGGCUGUGUCUGAGGGGAGCCCAGGACCACCUGCAGCUGAAGAGCAGACUCGAGGCCAUUGGCCUCAUCGCUCUCACCAUCGCCCUCUUCACCAUCUACAUCCUCUGGACAUUGGUGUCGUUUCGGUAUCACUGCCAGCUGUACUCGGAGUGGAGGAGGACCAAUCAGAAAGUGCGUCUUCUCAUGCCCGACAUGAAGGGGGCGCACACCACCCAGCGUUCCGUGCCGACCAAGUCGACCAAGAAAAUGACUGAUGAGACCAUCGUAUGAGUGCAGAGCAAUGGCAAGAGGAAUAUUUAAAAAAUGAUGCCCACAAGACGCACUCUCUAAAAAAAAAAUUAAUCAUAUUAAUGAACUUUUGCACUUCAGUGGACCAUUCUGAGAGGGGAGAGCUGCUCUCUCCUCCUUUUUUCUUUUGUUGAAGCACUUGAUGUAAACUACUACGGUAUUGACCAACCACAAAAGUGGUUUAGGGAAGAACUCAUUCCGGAGUCAUAGUUGAUGUUGAAACAGAGUUGUCAUUGGACAGCCAGUGCUGGGAAGUGAACAAGUGUACACAUGGAUCAUGGACUAACUAACCAGCCCGACUGUACGUCAGUGACACAAACUUAUGAAAUACUAAGACACAAGCUAAUGUAGCAGGAUAUAACUAAAUCAGCAUGCUACAACAGUAUAGUAUGAAACAUAUUCACACUACCUAUAACUCCCCAAUGCCCCUUCACAAUGUAUUUAGCUUUUUUUGAACAACGGGUAGCCAAUAGCCCAGCGGAGGAUAAUAAUCCCCCAAAAAAUUGAUUGACUAUCUGUGAAUAUUCUUUCUCGACAAGUAGAGGACAACGGUUGCUUCUUGUCUCUAAUCCGAACCCUUUCAAAGUUCCCAGGCAACGCUUCAUCAUGUGAAUCAUUUUCUGUCCAGAGCAGCUGAGGCAGGGCAUAUCUAUCACACUUGUCACAGGGUCAGUGAAGAUCGGAAUGUAUGGGCUAACACUGGCUGCAUCCUUCAAACGGCAGCACAGUGUCGUAUAAGGAAUUGGUAUUGACGGUGUGGAAAAGUGUUUACAUUCCAAUUGGAUGAUGUUUCCACUAUUGUCACAAAAGUGCAUUCGCAACCGGCCGUGCUCCACUUGUAAAUGCACCAUUCAUGGAUUGAACUGCCUAGCAACGACCAGUAGUGGUGUCCCAUGUCGCAACAGAUGCAAUUAUGAAUAGAAGAGAAACAGUGUUCUGACUAGUGAGAUUACAGACUUUUGUCCUAUAUAAAUCACAGAAAUGUAUCGGGAGUAGGCUCCUGCUCAGUGACAGUGCAAAAGAUCAAUUUGUUUUGAGAUGUCAAUCAAUGUAUGCAGCUUAUGCUAAACUAAGUAUUUUGUGUUCUUGUAGUCUUCCUGCUGCAUCCCCUGGAAAGUUGGGUUAUUGUGCAAUAAAAACAAGCGGGACUCCUGGA